GAUGAUAUCCCGAGGCACUUUGACCUAACCACUUCUGGUGACGAUUGUGGAUUCUUCUAGCACUUUCGGUCAAUCACCCAGAACCUUCGACCAAUCGCAUGAACAGCCUCGCAGCUUCAAGCCUCACCCAAACCUUUCUCGAAGUCUCGCAAGAUCCUGAGCCUCAUACUUGAGAGAUGUAUAAAUCGAGGACCGUUACGGCACCUUUCACUCAUCGUAAGAAGCAUCAGAAGCAUCAUUCGAACAACACAACAUCAACACUAGCCACAACUCUCAGUCAUACACACCAACGGACAGCAUCUACCACGUGAUGGCAGACGCACAACACUUCGAAUCACAUCCAAGACCACGAUUCACGCCCCCAAAGAUGGAUCCAACAUCAUUCCCAUCAAAACGCAGAAAGGUUGUGGGCCAAUGCCCGACAUGCCAGCAAUCAUUCGCCUCCCGCCACGAACUGCGCGAACACAUGUCGGACCCAGUCACCCACGCGCCAGCCUCAGAUUCAGACGCUAUUUCUUUCGGCGAACUAUCCGACUACGACAGUCUCGACGAGGCCUCGCCGCCGAAGCGAUCACCAAUACAUGAACACGAGCCAACGCUAGAUGCUGACGGCUUCGAGUUCUCCUCAGAAGAGCCAAACUUGGAGCAAGACGACUUUGAAUUCGUCGAUCCGGAUGCAUCUUUCUUCCCCUCAGCGCACAUGAACGCUGAUCAGGGUAGCAUACACACGCUUCCCGACACUGACGCGCAACCAAGUGCAGAUUACACGCCUAUCGAGACACCGCCACGCAAAGCUCGGCAAGUGAGAGGAGGCGCGCUGGGAGUCUUGUAUUGCGGGACGUGCGACAAGUAUUUUGGGAAUGAGAGGGUAUUCAAGAGACAUUUUAUGUUCGGGGUAAGGCACGGUGAGGAGCCGCGGGACAUGAGGGAGUUGUACUAUAGGGUUUGGGGAAGCAGUUGGAAGGAUGAGGUCCCGAGGAAGGAGGGGAGAGUGGAGGAGGUGAAUGAUAUGGAAUUGUGAAGCUGGUCUGCAGGAUGCUUCGAUAGUCGAAUGAGCUACGAUUGAUGAUACCCAUGUACAGAAAUAUUAAUAACAACAUAACACUUCACGAAAAAGUGCGCUCUUAGUGCUU